UACAGCACAUGAACCAGAAAAAAACAAUAUCCCCAAAAAAUAUCUGGCCAAAAAUGAUGAGUUUAAAGGUGACUCGAACAAACAGGUGUGUGUGUGUGUGUGUGUGUGUGUGUGUGUGUGUGUGUGUGUGUGUGUGUGUGUGUGUGUGUGUGUGUGUGUCCGCGGAUCACGGUCCUCCCCUCGCGUCCCUUCAUGUCCCUUCCACCAAAAUAGCAACAACGGUAAUACAUAUAAAAAAGGGAGAAACGUGCCAGUAUAUCGGCAGCGAAUGUCCAAUCCUAGCACUGGCGUAUCGGAAAUCGGUGCUGUGUUAUCGGCAGGCGGCGGGCGGCUCCGGAGGGCGGCGUCGACGGGGCGUAAACGCAGAGAAAAAGGGAACGCAGAAGCUUGGGUGACGCGAGUGUCCGAUUGGAGGUCAUUGACGGAGAGGAGAUGAUGAGGCGGCGGGCGGCCCUGUAAACAUGAGGAUAUUGGCGCUUUCUCUCUGUGUAUGUAUGUGUGGGGGGGGGGGGGAGAGGUGCUGUGGAUGGUAAGGGCACGUGGCUAUGGUGACCAAGGAAGGAAGGGGAAACACCAGCAACGGGAAGCAGAGGAAACUGGGCUGAGUGUCUGUGGCGAUGUGGUGACUGGAGGGGCGGCAAGCUAAGGGGAAGGGAAGGAAGGGGUGGGGAGAAAGGGAGGACGGAGGGAGGGUGGGCGGGAGGGCGGCAGGAGCGAGCGAGGCGGGAGGGCGGAUGGGCCAGGCUGGGUUGUGGCUGCCGGGCUCUCUCGUCCGCUAUCCCAGUAGUCGGCAGGCAGACUUGGUGGUGGUGACAGCUCUCCCUGACGCUCUCCAGCUCUCUCUCCCCCCACAGCACACCCUACCGCCACGCCACACCCCAGCGCCGGAGCUUCUCUCCCACGCUCUCCCUCACGCCCAGCACAGAGCUUCUUCCUCAAUUAAGGUGUCCUUCCCUCCCUCGCCGAUAUAAGUUUGGCGAGAGGACUUGAUAACCAACUCGAAACACUGACUAGUAUCUCGUUGCUGAGCUGAUCAUAGUUGGCUUUCGGUGUGUUGUCGUCUCGUGUCAAUGUGAACCUUGGCUCAACCUAAAGAAAUUGUCGUUCGCUUGGUGUUUUCCCACGCCCGUCACAGGAGCCCCGCCCCCCCUCCAAGACCCUCAAGCAUAACCUGGAAGCCCGGCCGUCAAGGGAGCGUGUUUAUGUACGCGUGUUGUGUGUGCGCGUGUGUGUCAGCAGCCCCGAGACACGGCCAGGCAGCGAGGUGGGUGUCACGCCGCUAUGGCCAAGGCAGAACAAGAACUAAAACCGAAAUAAGGAAAAAAGAUCGUUCAUUCGCCUCCAAGCAAAGGAACACCCACGCCUCAGGAAGGUGGUCCCGCAGCUGCUCUCAAGUCUUCCUCGGUGUUGCGUGCACCUGAAAAUAAUUGCGUCCAGUGAUCAGAGAAAAGAAUAAAUGUCAUAAUCUAUUUGUCGGGCGGGAUCCACUAGCAGCCACUCCCCUCUGCGCCAUCACGUCGCAGGUCCUCGUCCCCCAGCACACAGGAAACACACAGUGGGAGAUAAAACACCCCACGUUUGUCCGCGCCGCCGCUCGCUUGAUGUCUCCUCUUCAUCGCGCUCAAGAGGAUUCGCCAAUAUUUGCCCCGGAAGCCAACUGACUGCACGAGAGACACUUGGCCGCGGCGGAGCGAGCCUCUCAUGAUCGUCUGUGGCCCUCGCGAGCAUCGACUCCUCUCCCGCUGCAGCCCCGCCAGGCCACGCUGAUAUUUUUGUACUGAAGGCAAAUGUUUUUCGGUGACGGAGGAGGCGAGAGAAGACGUUGUAGUCCUUCCCUGUAGCAAGGAAACAACCAACCCUCGUGAUUACUUCAAGUGCCGAGUGGUGGGUGAUUCGAAACACAAACAUACACAUACACACAGAUUUUCCAGGACUCUGAAUCCACAACAAAACUCUCGAGGCUUCCAUUUUAUAACCAUUUUGAGAAAGGAGAAGAAAGAAGGCGAAGACAACAGGCGCAAAACAAAACCAAAAUACAAAACAAUCAACAAAACCCGCUUCCCUUACAUUCAUUAAGGAAAAAGGGAGGGGCAAAAUAAUCAAGAGUUAAAGAAAAAGAAAACCUUAACAUAUCCAAACAAGUCUUCCAUUAAAGUGUCUGAAAGAGAGGGAGAACAACGGCCCAUCCACCCCCUCCACCUGCGCCGCCUCCACCGCCUCCUGGCCUGAAGUGGGUCCUCGCGCCUUCUACCGGACUCAGCGGAAUCCUAGGCAGCUGGAGUCCCCGGGAGAAGCAAAGGCGGCCAGUCCCAAGCUGCCCUUCGUCCCUUCCUUCACCCCUCCCUUCGUCCCUCCCGCCACACCUCAGGCACGCAGGGGUCCAGAAGUCAAAGGAUAAAGUAAGAAGAGUAAGAAAAGCCGGAAAAGAAUAUAAGAAAGUAGAAAGAGACGUCAGAAAAGGGCGAAGAGAGAUAAUAUAUGGAAAUUAGGGCGUGCGAGAGAGAGAAAGAGAGCCGUCAGAGGAGAGACCAGGAGUAAGGGAAAAAGAAGAAGGAGCAGGAGGAGGAGGAGGAAGAAGGAGGAGGAAAGGUGAUAAAAAGUAAGAGAGAGAGAGAGAGAGGAGACAAGAGGAAGAAUAAGAGAAGGCAGGGUCAAGGCAGCAUGGUGAGGGAAUUCCACUCUCUCGCUGACCAAGACGGAAGGAAAAAAAGUUGCUGCAGAGAUUUUUCCGACAGAAGAGCUUCCUACUAAGUUAGCCGAGGCCCUCACCGCCCGCCCCUCCCUCACCCCUCACAACAACAGCCAGCCAGCAGCCUCCUCCCUCCUCUCUCUCCCUCCCUCCCUUCCUUCCUUCCUUCCUUCCUCACCCCUCACCCCAAAACACAACGCUGUCACCCCCUCCAGGCCCCCUCUGCCCUCGCCUCUGGUUGCUUCUUGUUCCGUAACCAGGCAGGCCAGCUGACCUGCCGACGCAUCCCCGCCAGCUGGUGUCUUCCGCCAGCUGUGUUCGUUCCGAGCUGCUGUGCUCCCCGCAGCACAGUGUUCCCGCUAAGCCCGCGGCCCCCACGCCAGGCGCUCUGACCUCCUGCCUCCAUCUAGGCUUCCCGUUUGGUGUGACGCUCCGCCGGUCACGGCUCAGCGGAGUGUGGGGCAGUCGAGGCAGUGCCGUGGCAGACAGCGGCCGCGGCAGCGAGGGGCGCGGCACACCCUGAGUGGUAUGCCCGCCUGCCACGCCGACAGAGUGCAAGGAAAACCAAGUCGACCCUCGAUAAGGAGUCAGGCUUGCCGCGUAAUGCAAAGGUUACUGGCGUUACGCCGGAGCUGUUUCCUCCGUAGUAACUCUGACUUUCGAAUUGAACGAGGCUGGGACCUCUUCUAGGCUGUGUUCGGUCACGCCCUUCCGGCCAUCACGCCGCGAGCUUCCUCGCCGAACACUCGACACACACAUAGUCUUGAUAAGGGAGAGUUCUGAUAGAGCUGAAUCAGUCACCCGCCCCCCAACCCCACCCGCCCCCCAAGACCCCCCUGAGCCACGAGGAGGGCCCCCGGUCCUCCCUAUCUCGCCGCGACGCUCGUGGACGCCGGAAACACCGACCUCGCCACCUCUGUAUGCCCGGCGAGGCUCACCACGAAGCCUCCACACAACCCGGGAGGAGCCAAGGCGGCGGUGGUGGUCGUGCGACGGUCGCCUCGCCCUCCAGCCAUCACGCCCACGCCCAGCCCACUCAACCACUACCAGGAGGCCCAUGUUACGUACCACACGGCCUCCUACCCCAACCACUACCCGAUGCAGGUGACCAAGCCUGUGCGGGCGGCCACCCACCCGGGGAUGGCGAAGCGGGCCGCCCAAAACCACGUGAACCACCACUACUACCCCGAGCAAACCAUCACGCCCGCCCACACCUCCUCCCUCAACUCACAGGUCACUUCGCCCAGCAGCACCAUGAGCCGCAAGCCGUGCAAAAAAACACCCCAAGCCGCCAAGUAUGUGUACGUGACGCCCCCGGCCCCGCAGCACUGCACACAGGUGCUGGCCACGCUGGCGGUGUCGCUGGGGCCGCUGUGUGCGGGACUUGGCAAAGGCUACUCCUCCCCCGCCCUGGCCUCCAUGGCGAUGUUGUCUGCCCAGGGCCACCACUUCGCCAUCAGUGAGGACCAGGGCUCCUGGAUCGCCUCGCUGUCACUGCUGGGUGCCUUCUUCGGGGCCGUGCCCGGCGGGAUGGCCAUCAGAUUCGGGAGGAAGCGAGUGCUGUGUGCCGUGUCCAUCCCCUUUGCCCUGUCCUGGCUCAUGACGGUGGUGGCGUGGAACGUCAACAUGCUGUACGUGGCAGCCCUGAUGGGCGGCGUCUGUUCAGCCGUCAUCGCCGUCGUCACGCCCGUCUACAUAAGCGAGAUCGCUCACCCGGAGAUCCGGGGCUGCUUGUGUGCCUUAUCCAAGCUGAGCGGCAACAUCGGCAUGCUGCUCUCGUACCUACUGGGCGCCUUCCUCGACUGGCGGGAGCUGGCCACGGUCACGGCAGUAGCGCCCGUCUGCCUCUUCAUUGCCGCCUUCUUCAUCCCUGAGACGCCCAGCUUCCUCCUCUACCGAGGCCGGGACACCGAGGCGGCGGACGCCCUGCGCUGGCUGCGCGGGACGGAGGCAGACGUGGCGCGCGAACUGACCAUCAUGAAGGCCAACAUCGCCACGCUGCGCAGAGAAACAGAGUCCUGUCCGGAACGCCUGGCGCCCCGUGAGCUCGUCCGUCCGCUGUUUAUCACCUGCGGCCUCAUGGUCUUCCAGAAGUUCAGCGGCGCCAACGCAUUCAACUUUUACGCAGUGCCCAUCCUGGCCAAGACCUUCGUUGGCCUGAACCCUUACCGCGCAGCCGUCGUGGUGGCCUUCGUGCAGAUAUGUGCCGGCAUGGCGUCGUCGGCGCUGAUCGACACCGUGGGGCGACGGCCGCUGCUGGUCUUCAGCAACAUGCUCAUGUCGGCAGCGCUGGCAGCCUUUGGAGGCUACACCUACCUGAAGGGUCUGGACCAGGAUGAAAAUAUGUUCGUGCGGCAGCAGUGGCGGGACUCAGACUGGGUCCCGCUCUUCUGUAUCCUUGUCAUUGAAAUCGCCUUCGCCCUGGGAGUCUCGCCCAUCAGCUGGCUAUACAUCGGAGAGCUGUUCCCGCUGAAACACAGAGGCGUCGGCUCCAUCGCGGCGUCCGUCAGCUACGCGUGUUCCUUCGUCAGCGUGAAGACCUUCGUGGACCUGGAGUUCAUGCUCGGCCUCUAUGGAGCGUUUUGGUUGUAUUCCAGCGUUGCUGCUCUUGCUCUCGUGUUUACACUCUUGUUCGUGCCGGAAACGAAAGGAAAGAGUUUACAAGAGAUGCAGACAGUAGACACACAGAAGCAGACCCUUAUAUAGCAGCCCGCCCGCCCACUAACGCCGCUGCGACCGCCCACCGUCCACUGGGAGAUGCCUCCUGGACAACGGCCCUACAGGGAGAUCCUCCUGUGAGUCCCGCUGUGAGGAGCCCCGAGCCUCGGCCUCGCGGCACCGCCCACGUCUUCCUGCUCCUGGUGGUCCGCCACCCACUCGCGGUGCCGCUGUGCCUGAGUCUCCAAGGCCGCAGCCACGCUAGAGGGCGGCCUCACACACCUUGUGAUAAACCCCCGCCCGCCCCGCUGGCCUCCAUUACUGCCCUCGUUCCCAACUCCUGGCGGGCCCCGACCCCACUGCCUGCUCUCUGUUCAGGCAGGACGCGGGUCAUCAACAACUCAAGACAUCUAAGUCAUAGGUUCAAAUUGACUCUGUUCGCGCUAUGUAAUUUCUACUUUUUUUCCUCUCAAGUAAAGGGUUGCUUUGCUAACUUGACUCUUCUGUGAUGCACGGCAGCCUCGGCUCCUGCCACGCCGCGUGGACACGCGAGGGCCGCGGCUGCCUGAGGAAGUUAAGCAUGUGAGUGAUAAAGGGCCUUAUCUACAUGUAUAAACAAUUACUAGGUAGUUCCGUGAUCAGGGUUACUCAAUUUCAUCUUUUCACUCAUCACACACACCUUCGUUGAGGACACCACUCGCCCCCGGAGCGAGCCGCGUCCUGCCGCCCUCCUGUGUACUCCCUGUUUGAGCUUUUCUCGAGCCGAGCGUAGACGAAGCGGUUACCUCUACGUUAGGGACUUUCAUUACUACUCUACCCGUAACUUAAUCCAGAUAAGCUAUAAGGUUAGAUCAGGUAAUAAUCGAUUGAUAAAAUAAGUUAGCUCCAGAAAGACACUAAUUCCUCUCUAAUCUAGCUCAGCGAUAGUUCCAGACAGUAAAGAAGAAAUAAUCUCUCGUCUCCAGCUUGUAAGUUAGGCACUGAACACCGACUCAUGGUCUCGUCUGUAGUGCAGGUAGUGAGAGCGGAUCGAAAGAUUACAUUUCAAGAGGAAGUUUUGACCAGCACAGAGUCCCCUCCCGCCGGCGCUGGCCACGCCUCCCUGGAGGUCCGGCCGCCGCGCCCCGCCACCUCGCUCACCACCUUCACUCAAAAGGGAUCAAAGUCUUCACGAGAACGAUCACUUCACCCACUAUCCAGGGGCCACACGCUCUUCACGGGGUCUGGAAACUCUGUUCUAAGUUUAAGGAAUAUUCUUUUUCGAGGGGGGGUUGGGAGGGGGGAUUCGUGUUUUAUUUGAGAAACUAAGUGGCUUAACGCGAUCUCGCGCCGCUGAGGUGUGUCCAGCGGGAACCAGGAAAACACUGUAACCACGUAUCUUCCAGGACACGUGAUAAUCAUGUAUCUGAUAGGACUCAGGACAAUUGUGUGUCUGCCAAGGAUUCCGUAUCACUCUUUGUCUUCCAUGAGGUAAAAAUAAAUACAAAAAAAAAAUGGAAUCCUCAACUUUCCAGGACUUGGGAUAUCAGUGCUUUUUUUUGUCUGGAAUCCGCCUACCUGAUCUCUCUCAAAACGUUUAGAAAUUGUAUCCCGUUCGCAAGCUUUCAAUGUCGCCACUGUGCCGAGGGGCCGCGCGAGUCUUUGUCUAGGGUGAGGCUCCCCCGGCGUUCCUCAGUCCCUCAGCCCCAAAGUCCCUUGGCCUCUCACUCCCUCACCCCAAACCUCGGUCCUUCAGGUUAUUCCUCUCCUCACCAUCAUUCUUUCGAUCUCCCGUUCUCUUGCUUGCCUUCACCCUCACCUCCCCAGCUCCUUACUUUCCCGGUUCUUCAUUCAUAUUCGAUCUCUCUACCUGAGUUCCCUCGUUCCCAUCCCUCAGUGCCUCGGUUACCCCUUCCCCCAGAGCCACCUCAACCUCUCAUCCCCACCCAAACCCUCACUCGCAACCCUUCAUCCGCACACUGCACUUUCAGCACUUUCAGCCCCUGGCCCCAAGGCCCUAAGUUCCCCUCAGCCCCAGGCCCCAGCCCAUCACAACACACCCUCAGCCCCUCGGUCAGCCAUAUUGUCCGAGAAGCCCCGUGCCGCCUCCUCUCGUGUGCUGGGCCGCGGCUCCUCCCAAAGGCCGCUUGGCUCUAUUGUUUGUCCCAGUAAUUGCGCGCCUUAGGUGUCUGCCGGUUCAGUUUCCAGGCGAGGGAGGGUCGUCUUGGCACGUGUGGCGCGACGCGGAAGCUUCAUGUUGCCGCGCCGCGUGUGUGCCGCGCCGACUCUACCCACGACUUCAUGAUUGCGGAGUUUACCUCAUGUUUGCUGGACCGAAUCCCUCGUGUUCUUAACGUCAUUCAGAAAAUGUCACCUGAAUGGGCUCCAGGGCUCACACCCGCACCCCCACGCAUCUUCAUAUACUGACAGGCGCUUUUGUAUGAGACCGCGCGCGUGCACACACACACACACGCACACGCACACGCACACGCACACGCACACGCACACACACGCACACACACACACACACACACACACACACACACACACACUCACCCUUAGUAAGCCAUUAAUACGCUCCAUUCCCUGUACAUGUUCUCUGCCGCCUCCCCUCAGCCUCAGCUCACCUGUUCCUCCAAUGCAGCACCCCCCCCUACCCCAGCGUGUCCCCAGCAGCGGCCGCUCUGCGAAAUGACCGUGUAUGUCAGCAAUAUUAGUCUACGUGCAGCACCCCAGGGGCACCUCAGGCAGCAGUGACGGGUGGCCUGGCUUUGAGGGUCGGGGAAGCGUCAGGCAGCACCCCAGAAAUCUAGGUCCACAUUGUCAAACUCUUCAAAACCUUAGUCCAUUGGUUUAAGAGGCUCUCGCAGAAGUUGUCGGGGUUUCAGUGGGUGGUUUCAUGACCGCGGCGGUAGUUUUGAAAGACUUCCGCGCUGUGAACAGGAGAAGCACUCAUGACCACGGUUGUCAGAUUGUUGUACUCAGAGCCGCGUAUUUACCGGUUUCUGGCCCAUAACUGUUGCCACGAAGCACCAAUAAUUACCAUUUAAACAAUAACCAUAUGUGGAGGCAGUUACUUGGGUGAUGGAAGCAGUUUUUUGGGUCGGAAACGGCAAACAUAAGAGGCAGAGUACGACAAUCUGGCAACGUUGCUCAUGACAACCCGAUGUAGCUCCUCUGUGGCCUUCAUAAACGGUCGUAACGAGAGCCCGAAAUGUUUGAUAAUACGUGUGCUGGACCCUCAGUGGGCUUUCCUUCCUCCACUGACCGGGGUGGCUUCAGUGCUUCCCCCCUCCCCCACAGACUCUACAGGUGCUUAGGAUGAUACGUAAGGAUUUUCCGUCACAAAGUGCUUCUCUUCUUUCAUUCCACGGCAGCGUGUCUAAAAAACGGCGGCCUCAUUGGCAGAGUCCAGUAAUUGUUUAGAUCUUGAAUCGUCAGUAAGGUUUGGUAGGCGCGGGGGUCUUCUCUUCCACGUUUUGUAGGUUAUCAAAGCCCCUGGUGGUGGUGCCUUCACUGGUUUCACACAUCAAAAGUAGGUUUCAAUUAAGCGUUUAUUUAGUGUGGAUUGACUUUAGUAUUUAUCUAUUAGUAUUGUAUAUACGUAGGUCUCUUCCUCCCGCGAUGUACUGCCUCGGAAAGACUCGGUGAAGUGUGUUUCUGGAGUCUCCAAUGCCUUUUUUUAACGUUGAUUAUGCGCUGAAUACUCCUUUUGAGAAUAUCCACGCAACAUGAAACACACACACACACACACACACACACACACACACACACACACACACACACACACACACACACACACACAGCCCACCUCCCCUCCCCCACAAUCCGCUCCUUCCCCAACACCACACCCACACAACCCGCCUCCUCCACCACCCCUACACACACACAAAGCGCCUGCCCCCACCCAACACACACACACACACACACACACACACACACACACACACACACACACACACGCAUAAAACGUGACUUCCCCGCCGCCACACAUGAACUCGUAGGGCUGCCCGACUCUGUGUCCGCCGCUACAGUGUUGAGCUGCUUAGAUGGAGGGGGAGGGGGGGCGUUGCUGCGUGUGUCUAGGGACGGGUUUACGUCGCCCCCACGAACGGCAAGGCAGCUCCACCGCCACCCUCGCUUUCAUCCGCUGCCGCCGACCACCGCUUGCUGUCCAGGCCGAUUCCGUAUGCGAUCCCGUGUAUCCCGUGUAGCCCCAUCCUGGCGAAGGGGCCGUGUGUGUGUGUGUGUGUGUGUGUGUGUGUGUGUGUGUGUGUGUGUGUGUGUGUGUGUGUUUGUUUGUUUGUUUGUUUGUUUGUUUGUGUGUGUGUGUGUGUGUGUGUGUGUGUGUGUGUGUGUGUGUGUGUGUGUGUGUGUGUGUGUGUGUGUGUGUGUGU